GAAUGUGUUUGGAAUGCGAAGUAUUUGAGUAAAUGUUGAGGUAGGAAAUAGCGAGCAAAUAGUGUAAUCAAAAUCACCUGUUAGAUUUUCACAUUCUCUUCCUCACCUAAUCGCUCUUUCUCGUGACAUUAAUAGUCGAUUAUACUUAAAUAUUCCCGUGACUCUUUAUCGGACAUCAAACAAACAGCUAAGAAAGCAAAAAAAAGAAGGAAAGACGGUCAGUGCAAAGCAGUUUGAAAAAGACACUUGAAAUAAAUUGUUGUUUUUUUUUAUUGUGGAGCGAAGACAAUAGAAUGCAAAAAUUUUCCACACUUGAAUACACUUUUACCCUUAUCGUGUGCGCAUAGUCUGGAAAAAGACACCCAAAGUGCACCACCGUGGAAAAUCACACAUAUUCGACGCUGUCUCGGGAAUUUCUGUGUCGUCCGCCGGAUAAACUUCUCGAAACAAAAAUCUCUCAUUAUCAGUGAAGACGCAAUAAAAUUAGUGAAUAGGUAAUCCACAAAUUGCUGAGAAUUAAUUGAAGAUCAUCUCAGGAUGAAGCCACACACCAACUUUAGCGGCGAGAACGGGUCGUACGUGAAUGAAGCACUGGACAGUAGUACUCUGGACGUGAGAAUUCCAAAUGACGGCGAACCCCAUGGAGGUCUUAAAGGCUCCAACGAGUUCAUUCUCACGGACAGCAAGGAGCAGAAAUGUCGCCUGGAGGAUGUGAAAAUGUGGUGCCGAAGGCGAGCAACGAGUGCACUGUCUAAGAAGGUUCUCUACAAGAGACUUCCCAUUCUAAACUGGCUGCCCAAGUACUCAUCCACUGAUGCAAUGGGAGACGUUGUCGCGGGUAUCACUGUGGGUCUCACAGUAAUUCCACAGGCUCUGGCCUAUGCCGGCAUUGCUGGUUUGCCUGCGGCUUAUGGGCUGUACGGUUCGUUCCUCGGGUGCUUCCUCUACAUCUUCCUGGGCAGCUGCAAGGAUGUGCCCAUGGGCCCAUCGGCCAUCUCUUCACUGCUCACACUGCAGGCAGCUGGAGGAGUGUGGCAGAAGGCAGUGCUGCUCACAUUCCUCACAGGCAUCAUUGAGCUACUCAUGGGCGUCUUCGGUCUAGGAUUUCUCGUAGAUUUCGUCUCAGGGCCAGUGUCGUCCGGGUUCACGUCCGCUGUGGCCCUCAUUAUCGCCACAUCUCAGGUGAAGGAUGUCCUGGGCAUAAACGCCAAAGGCAGCACUUUUAUCUCAGUCUGGCGAAGCAUCUUCACAGAAGUGCACAACACCCGACCCUGGGACACAGUCUUGGGCAUCACUUGCAUCGCUGUGUUGCUCAUCAUGAAGAUUCUCUCUACAAUUAAGAUCGGACCUGCUGAUGAGGAACUCAAGUCCUCAAAGCACAAGAUCAUCAACAAAACCCUCUGGUUGGUGGGAACUGCGCGAAAUGCUAUUCUUGUAGUGAUCUGCGGCGCCAUUGGAUACUCCUUUCAGUCCACUGUGGUGCCCUUCCGCCUCAUUGGCAACGUUCCGGCGGGUCUUCCCAGUUUCCAAGCGCCCCCAUUCUCCAUUCCCGGCAACGAGACGAUCGCAGAGCCCGAUCAGUCCUUCGUCGACAUGGUGACAUCAAUGGGAUCAGGCCUGGUUGUUGUUCCUCUGAUCGCCCUUAUGGAGACCAUCGCCAUCUGCAAGGCAUUCGCCAAUGGAAAACCCGUGGACGCUACGCAGGAGUUGAUCGCCAUCGGUGUGGGAAACAUUGCCAACUCCUUCGUUCAGGGCUUCCCAGGCACAGGAAGUCUGUCGCGAUCGGCUGUGUUCAAUGCCAGCGGCGUCAGAACUCCGAUGGCGAACAUCUACACCUCGCUUCUGGUCAUCUUCGCCCUGCAGUUCUUCACGCCUUACUUCUACUUCAUCCCGAAAGCCACCCUCGCUGCCAUCAUAAUAGCAGCUGUGAUUUUCAUGGUGGAAGUGAAGGUGGUGAAGCCGAUGUGGAGGACUAAAAAGAGUGACCUUAUUCCUGGUCUUGGAACCUUCAUCGCAUGCCUUUCGUUGCCUUUGGAGAUGGGAAUCCUUGUUGGAGUCGGACUUAACAUGGUAUUCAUCCUUUACCAUGCAGCAAGACCAAAAAUCUCCGCGGAGACGUUAGUUAGCCCAGGUGGAACUCAGUACCUCAUCAUAACACCUGAUCGCUGCCUCAUUUUCCCCUCCGUGGAUUACGUUCGCAAUCUCGUGACCAAGCACUCACGCAAACAGAAUCUCCCCAUCGUAAUCGAUUGCUCGCACGUGUACGGAGCUGAUUACACGGCAGCCAUGGUGAUUUCUCUGCUCACUGAGGACUUUGCCAAGAGGAAGCAGCCUCUGUACUUCUACAAUCUCAAGCCCAGCGUCUGCAGUGUCUUCGAAGGACUCUCGCCGGUGGACUUUGUGGUCUACUAUCGUGAGGAAAAGAUUGACGAUCUGCUGCGCGACUACAAGCUCAAGUCCGUGACGGAAGGAGUUUAGACAGAGUGAAAUGUUCCCACAUGAACUACCAUUAUCUCUUGCAGCCUUCUAGAUUAGAUUAACCCUUAGGCAAGAAAUAGGAUAGAAGGAUUAAAACAGUAUUUUUCGAUAAAGUAUUUCCAACCUAUAUUAUUAUUAGCAGUUGUAAUUGUAUUGCAUUUAAAAGAGAAUUAUAAUUAAUUUGCAUAAAAAU